CUGUCUGUACCCAUCUUCUCUCACCAUCCAAAAAGCAGAUUUGUCCAGUUGAGACAUGUCACGUUUUUUUGUGUACAGCAGGGGCGCUAGGACCGUGAGGGAGAGCGCCUCUAAAUGCAUUUUCAGUAACAUUUUCAGACAGUUAUUUGUAAGCGCGUUUGAGCCGGAUAGCAGUUGAAGCGACUCACACGGACGGACAGUCACUUUGAGUAGGAAUGAAUAUAAGCCAAUAGCUGACUCUCAUCAAUAAACUUUGCUUUGACCGAAUUGAUUAGGACACGUUAUCAAAGUGGGGACUCGCUCUCUGCGGAACUGUGAAGAGAGAGAGAGAGAUAGAUACCUGUCACACUGAAGCGAUGGGAGAAAUCUGGAGAAUUGAUAUGCCCGAUAUUUUUGAAGGGGGCGAAAACGUGAAUUGGAUUUAAACACAGACUAACCUUUUAACAAAAAGUGUUUUGCUCAAUGACCAUGUAUCCACAUCCAAACUCUGGCCUGGCUCAUCUCUCCAUCUUAGUCCUGCUCCUCUCACUCCUCCUCCCCCUCUCUCUGCCAUCUCGAGCCCCCCCUCACCAACACCCCGUCCACCUCCCCUCACUGGUGCCCCAUGCACCCCUGCCCCUCUCCCGCUCUCGCUUCAGUUCCCAGACUCAACUAGACUUCACCACUCACUGCAAUGCCAGCUGUUACCACAAAGGAGAGCAAGAGAGCAGGCGAGAGCACCUGACUGAGCAGCUGGCAUUCGAGACGCUCUAUGCAGACGGUUCUCGUACCCUCACCACUGUGGAUGUGGCGGAUGAGGAUAAUUAUGAGGGCACCAUCAGUCCUGCCAUUCAACCUCCAACAAAAGGACGUAGAGUUACCAGUAGGCACAGGCGUCAGAAAAGACAGAUCUACGGGGCUGAUGGGCGCUUCAACAUACGCGGUGACCACUUCCUGUUGGACUACCCAUUCUCCACAGCUGUGAGGAUCUCCACCGGCUGCACUGGGGUCCUAGUGUCUCGACUCCACGUCCUGACGGCCGCCCACUGUGUGCAUGAUGGGAAGGACUACGUCAAGGGAGCCCGUAAACUGAGGGUAGGCUUCCUGACUCCUCCGUACAUCAACGGCACCAAGCCCAGCCAGACCCCCACCAAGAAGCCCCUGGUGCGCUGGGUCCGGGUCAAACGCACCCGUGUCCCAAAGGGCUGGAUCCAGGGCCCCCAAGAGGUCAGUAUGGACUUUGACUACGCCCUCUUGGAGCUGCGCUGGCCCCAUCGCCGGCCCUUCAUGCGUCUGUCUGUGGCUCCCUCCUCUGACGACCUGGCAGGGAAACGCAUCCACUUCUCUGGGUUUGACAGUGACAGGCCUGGGGAGCUGGUCUACCGCUUCUGUCCUGUGGAGGACGAGUCUAACGACCUGAUCUACCAGCACUGUGAUGCCCGGCCGGGGGCCAGCGGCUCUGGGGUGUACGGCCGCGUGUGGGACACGGCUCUGGAACGCUGGGAGAGGAAAGUCAUCGGCAUUUUCUCUGGACACCAGUGGCUGGAGAUUGAUGGGGAGAACCGCGACUACAACGUGGCUGUGAGAUUCACCCCGCUGAAGUUUGCCCAGAUCUGUUACUGGGUGCAUGGGAACCGAGUGGACUGUAGUCAGGACUGAGAGAGAAGGGGAGGGGGGAUGGCCUAUAAAAAAAGAGGCUAUGAAGUCCAUGACAGAUAACUAUUUAAAGUAAGCACAAAAUCCUUUAAAGGAGAUGUGGAGAGGAAAUUACUCCCCAACUCAGUUUUUAAAAGGGUAAGAGUGAAACUGGAUUUAAUCCUAAUAAAACAUCUACAAUACUAUCGAAGAAAACAAGACUGCUAAACCGUCAUGCACCAUAACAGGUUUCCCUUAGAGGUGUUAACCACUGUGACUAGGAGCCUUGCUGUUUUAUAACUAUGGUAGCAGCCAUUAACUUUAUACUUUGGAAUAGUAUUGAACAGCUUUAGCCAAUGGCGCAACUAUUGGACUUAAAAUUUUUUUUUUUUAGAUAUCAUACUCUCCCAUUGUUCUCCGUAAUACUGUGGCUGCAAGUUUUCAACAUUUAGGAUCAAAUGUGCGGGUGUGGAGUUGAUUUUACAAAGAGAUGUGGGGAGGGUAACGUCACUUAAGGAUGUGAAUGAUUUUGGAAAGUACAGGGACUUCUCAUUCUGGGUUAGAAAGACACCUGUAAAAUAUAUACACUCGGCUCCAAUGGUCCAGAGGCAUAUCUAGCCACACUGACAAGAUACAGCGCCUCAAUACACCAAACAUGUCAAAAAGGGUCAAAGGUAUCAAUGGUGAAAUCAACAAAAGUCAGACUCUGAAAACCUAAGGGAGUUUCUUACUCAAUGCUGGCAGCAUAAACUACUUGCUUUCAAGCGGGUUAGGGGGUGAAAAUCAGAAUGGUGAUAUUUUUUGUAAAUGCCUAUUUUAAUAAAUCUUUUAGUUUAUCAUUAA